AGACCGCAGCCAAUGGGAGCAUCACGCUAGGAACGCUCGGUUAGCAGGCUGCGCCUGCGCGGGAGAUUUGAAUCCGGCGGCUGGUGGCAACUUUUCUAUACAUUUUGUGUGUUUGUUCGCGUAGGGAGACCAUGGACGACCGAGAGCGUGCUUUGCUAAUGUUUGAAGCUCAUUUACAAAGCUACAGGGGAGAUGAUCCACUUGAUCAGUGGGAAAGAUAUGUACAGUGGACAGAAGAAAAUUUUGCCCAAAAUACAGGACAUUUGUCAACACUCUUAGAACGAUUAAUCAAGACAUUUUUGGAUAAGAAGAAGUACCACAAUGAUCCAAGGUUCAUUAAUAGCUGUGUAAAAUUUGCUGAAUUUAACAGUGAACCUUGUCAGUUUUAUGAAUAUAUACACAGUCAAGGGAUUGGCAUUGGGUCAUCAGCUCUGUAUUUAGCUUGGGCUCAGCACCUUGAAAUCCAAGGAGAUCUACAACGUGCCAAUGCUGUUUUUCUUGAAGGAAUUCAAAACAAGGCAGAACCUAUAGAAAUAUUGCAUCAACAGUACAGUUUAUUCCAGAACCGACUUACUGGAACAUGUUUACCAGCUCAAGUUGAAGCCCCAGAACCCCUUCGCAAUUCUCAAAUUGUAAAUCAAAUGAACACAAUAAGAACACUUCCAGGAAAUGCUGACCCAGCUUGCCCUCCUAAAAGUCAGGGUCCACUUCCUUCUGCAGUGCAGUCAUCUACUAACAGUAUAGAAUCAAAAUUAGAACAACGAACGGUCAUUUCCAAAUCAGGUUAUUCAGUCCAGCAAUCUUCUUUGGCAUCCAGAAGUGAUAUCAAGCAAGUUUGUAUGUACUGCAAGGACAAGCUCAUUUGUGGAGAUUCUGAAUUAUCCUUUGAGGAACUGAGAGCUCAGAAGCACAAGCAGAGAAAACAAAAAGAAUGGGUGAAUGAAGAUAAAGAAUAUUUAAAAAGGAAAGAAGCUGAUGCUUUUGAGGAGCAGCUUUUACAACAGAAAAUGGAUGAACUUCACAAGCAGUUGGCUGAAGUGAUGAAGACUUCUCAGGGAAAUGCAGCUACUCUCCAGAGUAGAUCUGAGGCUCAUCCUAUAUGUGUGAGGUCGAGUGCAGGCUUGCCACAAGAACCAUCUGGACCAUAUCAAGCCAAAAGUCAACAGCCCACAGUUAAUAUAAGAGACAAGCAGCUAAUGGUGUCUCCUUUUGAACCAAUCUCAGUGAAGACUACUACCAAUACUACCACCACCUCAUUGUUACCAAGGUUAAACCAAAAUGUUACCUGUCCCCUAUCUGUGAGGCCCCAGCCAGAAACAGACUUCACAUUUAAAGGAGACAGAAACGAUGCCAGCAGAGUUCAAGAAGACCCUGGUCUGCGUCAGGCCUGCCAACAAGUACGAGCUGAAAGCAGUAACAUGAAUAUUAUGCCUGAGCCUUUUCAGAAGCUCUCAGUAUCUUCUCAAGAUCUGGAAUUUAAAGAACAAUAUGUGAAUAAAAAUACUUACGAAUCAAAUGUGUAUUCUGGACCAAAAUUUAAAGAAGCAUCUGAAACACCUUCAUUCUUUGGUGCAAGUACUUCUCAUGUAACACCCAACACAUCAGCAGGAAUGAUACAAGCCACCCCAUCAAGAGUCCAGCCUUCACCCACAGUUCACACCAAAGAAGCACUAGGUUUCAUAAUGAAUAUGUUUCAGGAAACUUCACAUCCUGAAGUUUCUGUUGAAGAAGAUAAACUUUCCUCCCUGAAUCAAAGUGAUGAUGCAUUUAAGGACCAUUCCCAAAAGACCAUACAACCCCUUGGAGCUUGGGGAGUUAAUGAUGUUCCAUCUGUGCCACCUGCUUUUUCCAUCUUUGAAGAUGGAAGUAAAGAGAAUGCUGGAUUAACACAGUCUAAAAACAAAAGCAUGGGAACCAGAUUCUUUGGUGAACGACCUUCAAGCAGAUCUACUUCAAAACCAAAUGAAGGGUUUCAGGCAGCAGAGUCCUUGGAUGAUUGUACUAUAUGGGGUGUACGCUGUAAUAAAACUUUGGCACCUAGUCCUAACAGUACAAGAGAUUUUACAUCUGCUGCACAACUUGCUUCUACACCAUUUAACAAAAUUUCCAUGGAUGCAUGGCAAGCCCUAGAGGAUAAAGAAAAUAUGAUUGGAAAUAAUAAUGUUGGUAUGACUUAUGAUUCCUGUAAGGAAAAACUUAUGGAGAACUCAAAAAACCAAAAGCUAAGUACAAUUCAAGAACAUGGCAUAGAGAACCUCUUAUCAGUCAAUGUGCCGUCGCUCCCGUUCACUCAGCAUGUAGUGUCCAAAGUUCUUACUGAUGGUGUUGAAGAGGGCCUUGUUGCGUGUAAACUCACUGAAACCGAACUCGCGAUGGAAGUGGAACCACCAGAAGUCAGUGUUGGACACUCAGCCAACUGCACACAGAGUAGACCAUCUGAAAAUGCACAUGUUCAAGAUUUCAUUGUGGAGAAUCCAUGGGAUGAAGACUUGAUUCAGAAGCUUUUAUCAAGAUUAUCUACACCAAUAAAUGCUUAUCCCAAUGCUUUUGAAUGGGAAUGUAAACUUCCAAACAUCAAGCUAAAAUCUGAAAUCCAGUGGGGUCCUUGGCUGCUCUUUGUUGAUUCCUUUCUUGGAGAGGGGGCUUUUGCCCACGUUUACGAAGCCACACAGUGGAAUCUAAAUGACACCAAAAUCAAGCAGAAAGUCAUAUUAAAGGUUCAAAAGCCUGCCAACCCCUGGGAAUUCUAUAUAGGAACCCAGCUGAAAGAGAGACUCCCUCCCAGCGUGCGCCACCUGUUUAUCCAGUUUGACGCAGCGCAUUUCUUCCAUAAUGGCAGUGUGCUGGUUGGCGAUCUCUACAGUUAUGGAACAUUACUAAAUGCUAUUAAUCUUUACAAAAACACUCCUGAAAAAGUGAUGCCACAAGCACUGGCCAUCUAUUUUACAAUAAAAAUUCUCCACAUGAUAGAACAACUUCAUAGCUGUGAGAUCAUUCAUGGGGACAUUAAACCUGACAAUUUUAUAAUUGGAGACAGGUUCUUAGAACCAGACAAUGGAAUAGAUGACUUAUCUCAUGGAUUGGCUUUAAUUGACUUGGGUCAGAGUAUAGAUAUGACCCUUUUCCCUAAAGGAACAACAUUUACAGCAAGAUGUGAAACCUCUGGUUUUCAGUGUGUUGAAAUGCUCAGCCAAAAACCUUGGAACUAUCAGACCGAUUACUUUGGAAUUGCUGCAACAGCGUACUGCAUGCUCUUUGGCACCUACAUGAAAGUGAAAAAUGACCAGGGAGUCUGGAAGCCUGAAGGAGUUUUCAAAAGGGUUCCUAAUUCUGAAAUAUGGAGUGAAUUUUUUCAUGUCCUGCUGAACAUACCAGACUGUCACCAUCUGCCUUCUCUGGAAUCCUUACGGGAAAAAUUGAAAGUUUUAUUUCAGCAGUCUUAUGUAAACAAGAUCAAAUCCUUCCGCAGCCGGCUAAUUGUGUUACUUUUGGAAUACAAACGUUCACGAAAAUAAAAUUAGAUUUAUUUCUACCUGUUGUCUACAUUGGUUCACUCUUUUACUCCCUAAGUACCUCACCCUGAACCUGCCAGUCAUCUUCAUCUUCUAAGUAUCCUGAAAGACAGACAGCCCAGUGUCGCCGAAAGAGCAUUUGACCAGGAGUCAGCAGAGACGUGAGCGCCAGUCCUGCAUCUGACCCUUCACUAGCUGAGUGACCACAGAUGAGUUACUUGGGCAUCGGACUUACUUACCUCCCAGGAGGGACGGGAGGAUCCAUGAUUAACCUUAAAGUCCUACAUGAUGACAGCUAUUACCGUUAUUAAUGAUGGGAAGACAUCCACGUCAGAAAUAUUUUACCAUCAAUCAGCAUUAAAAAUAUAACAGCCAACUCACCUGGAGCAUUCAAGUGUCAGCUGCGAAAGUGGGGAACCCGCGUCUGCGAGGCUGGAGUCAUUUGGGACACAUGAACGAAAGGGGUCAUUAAGUGGCUAGUUGCCAAGGAGAUGAAUUCUUUAGCUGUUGAGGACGCCAGACGAGUUGGACUUCCUAGCUCUUACAGUUUUCUCACCUCUCCUGUCUCAUAAAGUUCACAUUGUUCUGAGAGAGGGGACAGAUGUGUGUGAACACGGGUGUUAAGGCUGUUCAGUCUUCUGAAAUGCACUCAUGCCGCUAUUUCCCAGGGAUGCAGCUCCUGAGCCUUCCGCUCAGACAUGAAUAUCCUCAAGAACAAUUGUAAUGUCUAUGGCGUGUGCUGUUCCUCAAAAGCAAAGAAAAAAGGAAUAAAAUGAGAUUUUGAAAGUAA